GAAGCAUCUCUCCUUCUAAGCCGUUAGUAUAAUAAAGUUAGAUUGAAAGAAUGAUUGAGGAAGAAGUUUAUGAUGCUGCCUCAAAAAGGGAUGCAACCAGAUUUCGGCAACUGCUUCAACAAGAUCCAUAUCUGAUUUAUACGGUUUCGUUUCCAUGUUCAAGAAAUCUUCUGCACGUAGCAACGCUACUGAGGCAAGUAGACAUCGUUGAAGAGGUGCUCAACCUUAAUCCGCAGCUAGCUCAGAUUUCCGACUCCCAAAAAUCAUCUCCUCUUCACAUUGUAGCAGAAGAAGGGAACCUUGAAAUCGCCAGAAAAUUGUUAUCGGUAGCCCCAGAGAUUUGCUGGAGUCGAAACGAUCAAGGCUUGAACCCGAUUCAUGUUGCAGCCAUGAAAGGGCAUGUUGAGAUGUUACAAGUGCUGCUUGAAAAGGAUCCUUUGCCUGCUAUGGAGAGAGUGCAGCGCGGGCAGACAGUGCUGCAUUUGUGCGUGAAACAUCGUCAGCUUAAGGCAUUGGAGUUUUUGGUGGACAAGUUGGGUGACCUUUUCAAUGCACAGGAUGAUGAUGGGGAGACACUCUUGCAUUGGGCUGUUAGGGACAUACCAAGACAAGCUGAGAUAAUAAAGUACUUGGCCCAGUGGGAUGGAAUAAAGAAGCUAACAAAUGCAAUGGGCAGAACAGCAGCAGAAAUAGUAGUAGAGAGCGAUGAAGAAAUGGACACGUCGAAAAUAGAACUAAUAUUAAUGAUAUCAACAAGAAGGCCAAGUCCAUAUCUUCUCGAAACAGUGUCAGAGAAGAGAGAGCAGACAAUGGUGGUGAUGACCCUGAUCGCGACCAUGGCCUUCCAAGCCAUAGUGAGCCCCCCAGGCGGGGUGUGGCAGGACGACACGCCAUCACACGCAGCCGGGGAGGCCGUCAUGGCAAACACCCACCCCAGGAUAUACAGCAACUUCAUAGGCGCUAUCAUCACAGCUUUCAUCUCAUCUCUCCUCACAAUAUUCUUGGUCUCCGCGCCAUGGAAGCUUGGCAAAAAAUUUGUGCUGGUCUUCUCCUCGUACGCUGUCUGGAUAUCGCUCGCUUCUAUCGCAGUCAGCUUCGCAGGCUCGCUCUUGGUCAUUGCACCCGGCACGCGAGCCCGGUCGCUCACCAAAAUCAUCAACGUCAUCAUUAUUGUGUCAUGCAGCUUCUUCGGACUCACCGUCUUACUGCAUAAAGUCAGAGCUUUGUUGCGGAGAUUAUGGAAAAGAUGUGUUAAAUUAAUUAGUAUGUUGAGAGUGAAGAAUGGAGGAAAAAGAGAUCCCAAGAGUGGAGAGAUGAGCUCAAAUGUUUGAAGCAAAAGAGCCGUUAAUUGUGUGAGAAAUAAUCAGCUUUGUUACGAGUCUUCUUAGCUUGUUUUCCAUUGGUUGUUUUUGAGUCAUCCUUCUAUACUAUAAAAUGGAUCAUCUCUUCAUUGUGAACGAUUGAUUUUGAGUGAAAUAAAAAUCUCUCUUUCUCAUACUA